CUCCCUCAUCAUCACUUAUAGACCCUUCACGAGUCGAGCAUCAUGAGUUAUUACGGCAACAGUACCAGCGGAGGUUACGGUGGAGGUCACAGCGGGGGUUACGGCGGCGGUGGAGGUGGAGGCUAUGGCGGUUCAGGCGGUUCAUACGGUGGCAGGGACAGCGGCUCUUGGGGCGGUGACAAAAUGUCAAGUCUGGGCGGUGGGCUGCGCACGAUUGACUGGGCUGCCCAGAAGUCGUCGCUUUUCGAAAAGAACUUCUACACAGAAGACAAACGGGUCACCGCUCGCAGCGAGCGCGAGGUUGAAGAGUUCCGUCAACUCAAGGAAAUCAGAAUUCAAGGCCACAACGUUCCUCGACCUGUGACUUCUUUUGAUGAAAUUGGGUUUCCUGAUUACCUCAUGACCUCCAUCAAGGCGCAAGGCUUCACCGAACCUUCCCCAAUUCAAUGCCAAGCGUGGCCGAUGGCUCUGUCUGGUAGAGAUGUUGUGGCCAUUGCGCAGACCGGUAGUGGCAAGACCAUCUCGUUUGCACUUCCUGCUAUGUUGCAUAUCAAUGCUCAACCCCUGUUGAACCCCGGCGAUGGACCUAUCGCCCUCGUACUUGCCCCUACCCGAGAGCUUGCAGUACAAAUUCAGCAAGAGUGCACCAAAUUUGGCUCGAACUCUCGCAUUCGUAAUACUGCCAUCUAUGGUGGUGCCCCUAAGGGGCCCCAGAUUCGUGACCUCCAGCGUGGCGUUGAAGUCGUCAUCGCAACUCCCGGCCGUCUCAUUGACAUGCUCGAGACUCAAAAAACAAACCUCCGCCGUGUGACUUACCUCGUGCUGGACGAGGCUGAUCGCAUGCUUGACAUGGGUUUUGAGCCCCAAAUUCGGAAAAUCAUUGGCCAGAUCAGACCUGACCGCCAGACGCUGAUGUUCAGUGCGACUUGGCCGAAGGACGUUCAAAGGCUGGCAAGCGAUUUCCUGAAAGAUAUGAUUCAAGUCAACAUCGGGUCGAUGGAACUCACUGCGAACCACAACAUCAAACAGCUUGUGGAGGUUUGCAGUGAUUUCGAGAAACGCUCGAAGUUGAUCAAGCACUUGGAUCAGAUCAGUGCCGAGAAUGCGAAGGUUCUCAUCUUCGUGGGCACAAAACGUGUCGCUGAUGACAUCACGAAAUACCUUCGUCAAGAUGGCUGGCCUGCGUUGGCCAUCCAUGGUGAUAAAGAGCAGCGUGAGCGUGACUGGGUCUUGGGUGAAUUCAAGGCCGGCCGGUCGCCAAUUCUCAUCGCAACUGAUGUUGCAUCCCGUGGUCUCGACGUCAAGGACGUAGGCUACGUCAUCAAUUAUGAUUUCCCAAACAACUGCGAAGAUUACAUCCAUCGCAUUGGACGCACAGGUCGCGCUGGUAUGAAGGGCACUUCCUUCACUUACUUCACCACAGAUAAUGCCAAGUCUGCCCGUGACUUGCUCAACAUUCUGCGGGAAGCCAAGGCUGACAUUCCGCCACAGCUCGAAGAGAUGGCAAUGUACGGCGGUGGCGGUGGAGGUCGCAGCCGUUUCGGAGGCGGUGGCCGCGGCCGUGGUGGUGGAGGCGGUGGAGGGAGGUACGGAGGCGGAGGCGGAGGCGGAGGAUACGGUGGCAGGAACGAACGCUGGUGAUCAAUCUCACCAUCCCUUCUCUUGAUAUUUCCGUCUUUUUAUCGCGUCGGCCUCUGGACCUCAGUCUUUUGGCGAGUUAGGUUGGCCUCCUGCUUCCUGCCGAGCCUCCGUGGUGAUGUCCGAUCGUGCUACGACUACCGUUGGUCUUUGGGUGAUGGACUCGAGGGUUUGCUUCGAAUCAUGUUUUCAUAGACUGACAUGGCACUCUUAUACUCUAGAAUAUGUUCUUAAUAGCCAAUGCCAUGUAUUGCUCUAUGCAUGUUUCCCUUUCUUUCGUCA